UGAGUGUUGAGAAAUUUUCUUGAUAGAUAAAAUUUGUCCCUCAUUAUUAGCAACAAAACCAUCAGCUCUGCAGCUCUGACCUGAAGCAGGCAUUGACAGAAUCAAGAGGCAUCAUGAAUUCAACCACAAUGACAGAACAAGAAUAUCCUGACUAUACGUACACGCCCUACACGGUGAAUCAGACUACAGAUUCACCACCUUGCGAUGCAGUGUGUAUUUUCUAUGCAGUAACUAAUGUGAUCAUCAUUGUCCUGGGUGUUGCUGGAAAUGGUUUGGUGAUCUGGAUUGCAGGAUUUAAGGUGAAGAAGUCAGUUGUCAGCACCUGGUACCUGAGUCUGGCCGUGUCUGACUUCAUAUUCUGCUCCUUCCUGUCAUUCAGGAUCAUUUACAUGAUCAAAGGCGAGUGGCUCUUCGGGCGCUUCAUGUGCAAGUUCAGUUACUUCAUUGUGUUCCUCAACAUGUACAGCAGCAUUUUCCUCCUCGUCAUCAUCAGUGUGGACCGCUGUGUCAUUGUUACGUUUCCUGUGUGGGCUCAGAACAAGCGCACUGUUAAAAAAGCCUCUGUGGUAGUCAUGCUAGCCUGGAUCAUCUCAGCAGCACUUAGCACACAUUCAGCUGUUUCCCUUGAAUUGUUCAAGCCCAAAACAGUUUUUUACUGCACGUACAUUAAUUUUCAAAAUUAUAUUGCGGCCAUAGCAUGCCGAUUAAUUUUUUUAUUUGUGAUCCCAUUCCUGAUCAUUUUAAUUUGUUAUAUUGUCAUCAUACGAAAGCUAAAGUCCAACCAGAUGGCAAAGUCCAAAAAGCCAUUCAAGAUCAUGACAGUUCUGAUUGUUACUUUCUUGAUCUGCUGGCUGCCAUAUCACACUAUUAUUCUGAUGGAUUUAUUCAUGAUAUAUGAUGAUUCAUUGGACACCGCAUAUGUGUUUAGUCUCAUUCUUGCCAGUGCCAACAGCUGUCUGAACCCAUUUCUUUAUGCAUUCAUGGGAAAAGACAUUAAGGAGCAAUGUUAUGCUCUUUGGUUGAAGAUUGAGAAUGCAGUCAGGGAGGAGGAUGACCUGAACACCAUCCAAGGGACAGCUUACACCACCUCUGGGGAAAGCAGACAUUCAACUAGCAUUUAG